CAACAGUGAGAGAUCGCUGUUCGUUGCUAUUUACAUUUGCAAUUGGAACAACAAAAUGUCACAAAAUUUAUACACACGACAAAUACAACGAAUAUUUAAGAUAUCAAAGAAUUAUAUUUUCCUUUGAUAAUUUAUAUUAUAGUGACCAUUUACGUAGUUUAAUGUGCAAUGUAUUGCGUUUUUGAUUUAAGAUUAAAGUUUAAGAUCAAAAUGCGUAUGUGUUUUAGUGAAUAAACAGUGGAUAUUAUGAACAAUUGGAAUGUAUAUUUUUAUAAAGUGGUAAUGACAUUUCGUAAUAAGGAUAUAAAUAUAUUUCUUAUUACAUUAAACACAUAAAAUAAGAAGUGUCCGCUAUAAUAAACGCCUAAAUAAUACGAAAUUAAAUAUAUAACCUCAAAAUGAGUUACAAUAAGAAAGUAUCAUAUUUUUAUAAUCCGGAUGUGGGAAACUUUCACUAUGGUCCUGGACACCCAAUGAAACCUCAUAGAUUGUCUGUAAUUCAUAGUUUAGUCCUUAAUUAUGGUUUACAUAAAAAGAUGCAAAUUUAUCGUCCUUAUCGUGCGAGUACUCACGAUAUGUGCCGGUUUCAUUCUGACGAAUAUGUGGAGUUUUUACAAAGAGUAACGCCACAAAAUUUACAAGGAUAUACAAAAUAUCUUAGUCACUUUAACGUGGGAGAUGACUGUCCUGUUUUUGAAGGACUCUUUGAUUUCUGUUCUAUGUAUACUGGGGCAUCCUUAGAAGGAGCAACAAAAUUAAAUAAUAAUUGUUGUGACAUUGCAAUCAAUUGGAGCGGAGGUUUACACCAUGCAAAAAAAUUUGAAGCUUCAGGCUUUUGUUAUAUAAAUGAUAUUGUAAUUGCUAUUUUAGAAUUAUUAAAAUAUCAUGCUAGAGUAUUAUAUAUAGAUAUUGACGUACAUCAUGGAGAUGGUGUACAAGAAGCAUUUUAUCUUACUGACAGAGUUAUGACAGUUUCUUUUCACAAGUAUGGCAAUUAUUUCUUUCCUGGGACAGGAGAUAUGUAUGAAAUAGGAGCAGAAAGUGGUAGAUAUUAUUCUGUAAAUGUACCAUUGAAAGAAGGUAUAGAUGAUACAUCGUAUGUACAAGUAUUCAAACCUGUUAUUUCACAUGUAAUGGAGUUCUUCCAACCAACUGCAAUUGUAUUACAAUGUGGAGCAGAUUCUUUAGCGAAUGAUAGGCUUGGAUGUUUCAGUUUAAGUACAAAAGGUCAUGGAGAAUGUGUCAAAUUUGUUAGAGACUUACAUGUACCUUUACUUACCGUUGGUGGGGGUGGUUAUACCCUUCGUAAUGUGGCACGUUGUUGGACCUAUGAAACAUCUUUACUUGUUGAUGAACAAAUCAGCAAUGAAUUACCUUAUACUGAAUACUUAGAAUAUUUUGCACCAGACUUUACAUUGCAUCCUGAAGUUGUCACUAGACAAGAUAAUGCAAAUAGUAAACAGUAUUUAGAGGCAAUAACUAGACAUGUUUAUGAUAAUUUAAAAAUGAUACAACAUUCGCCAAGUGUUCAAAUGCAAGACGUUCCAUGUGAUGCACUACCGCCAGAAGAAGAGAGGCAACCGGAACCAGAUCCUGAUUCGAGACAAAAUGUGCAAGACACGGAUAAAAUUAUUGAGCCAGCUAAUGAAUAUUAUUCAGGUGAUAAAGAUCAAGAUAAAAUGGAUGUGAGCGAAACAUGAUGAAGACAAAAGAAAUCGAAUUUUUCAAAUGAAUAAAAAUGAUAACUUCAACUCUCU